AUGCCGACCUCCGAGCUGCUCUGCCUUCAGGGGGGUGAGGAGGAUGGGGCUGCCGGGAGCCCUCUCAUGUGUCUCCUGCCCCUAGUCCUCCCGCUGGUCCGCCCGGGGGGCGCUGACACGCCGGCCAUCUCCUUCGGGGAGCUGCCGGGCAGCUGGGUCUUCCAAGUGGCCGGCCAGGGAGCCCCCGACCGGCACCUUGACUGCUCCAACCCGGGGCCUGUGGAAAAGCAAGUAGUUGUGACCCUUCAAAAGCUCGAUGUUGCACAGGAUGAUCAAGGGAACCAUGGCUUCUUCACAAUAAUUUACAACCAAGGCUUCGAGGUUGUGUUGAACAACUACAAGUGGUUUGCAUUUUUUAAGUAUAAAAAAGAUGGCUCCAAUGUAACCAGCUACUGCCAUGAGACUCUACCAGGAUGGGUCCAUGAUGUGUUAGGCCAUAACUGGGCAUGUUUCACUGGACAUAAGAUCUCUCCUUCAGCUUCUGGAGUUCACGUAAACCAGCUGCCUCUUGGGAAGCCACAUGGAAAAUCUCUGCAGAAGUCAUAUGUCACCAAUUUUGACUUUGUGAAAGCCAUCAACACUGCUCAGAAGUCAUGGAAGGCAACAACCUAUAAGGAAUACGAAGCCCUUACUUUAGAAGAUAUUGUUCGUAGAGCUGGUGGGUUGAGUUCCAGAGUUCCAAGGAUCAAGCCUGCCCCUUUGACUGCUGAUGUGAUCAGUGAAGUUUCUGGUCUUCCUAAAUCCUGGGACUGGAGGAAUGUGAAUAGUGUUAAUUACGUCAGCCCAGUACGAAACCAAGCAUCCUGUGGCAGUUGCUAUGCCUUUGCUUCUAUGGGCAUGUUGGAAGCUAGGAUCCGCAUCCAAACUAACAAUUCACAGACUCCAACACUGAGCCCCCAGCAGGUUGUUUCAUGCAGUGAGUAUGCUCAAGGCUGUGAUGGAGGCUUCCCUUACCUCAUUGCUGGCAAAUACACUCAGGAUUUUGGUGUGGUUGAAGAGGCGUGCUUCCCGUACACAGCCACGGAUUCUCCUUGCACUUUUAAGCACAGCUGUUACCACUACUACGCCACUGACUACUACUAUGUUGGAGGGUUUUAUGGUGGGUGCAACGAAGCUCUAAUGAAACUGGAACUUGUGAAGCAUGGGCCGAUGGCUAUUUCAUUUGAAGUAUAUGAUGACUUCAUGCAUUACAAAGAAGGGAUCUACCAUCACACAGGAUUGAUGGAUCCAUUUAAUCCUUUUGAAUUGACUAAUCAUGCUGUUUUACUGGUGGGUUAUGACAGUGAUCCAAAUACAGGGGAGCCCUUCUGGAUAGUGAAAAACAGCUGGGGAUCAUCUUGGGGGGAGCAGGGUUACUUCCGGAUCCGUAGAGGCACUGAUGAAUGUGCCAUUGAAAGCAUAGCAGUAGCUUCCACUCCGAUUUCUAAAAUGUAGUUUUGGCAAGAAUUUGAUAGGAAAUUCCCAUGAAGCAAGUGUCCAUAUUUUUUUUAAAAAAUGGAACAAAUUAUGAUUAUAAUUUAAAGAAUGCAACUUGAGUGCUUUUAAAGCUUCAAAGAAUGAGCUUUUAUCAAAACUUUCAAGGGAAAUUAAAUAUACUAUGCAUGUUCUAAGGCAGUGGUCCCCAAACAUUUUAAGGCUACCUCCCCCUUUCCUCUUGGGCAAGAACCCUAGUGCCCCCAACACCUAUUUCUUGAUAUUCAGUCUACUUUCUACUGCAAAUUAAAAACCACAAAUCUUGGUUGCUUCUUCCUUUGCACCCGGUCAUCUUGGAAGCACUAAUUCAGUAGCUGGCUGAGCAGUGACCAAGAAAUCUCUUGCUUUGCUUGCCUUGUGGCAAAGACCAGCAUGGAUAACAGGCUUCUCAAUCGCUGCUCAACUGGGGGAUCAGUCACUGCUCCCUUUGCAACCAGUCACCCUGGAAGCAGCAGCUGAACAACAACCAUGUGUUGGACUUUGUCACAUGUUUUAUACAACCUUUUACCUCUUCAUGCAGCCUCUUUGCCUCUUACCCAUGCCAGCCUUUGCUACAAGUUUAAUGCAACCCUCAUCCCCACCAUGGUCCUAAAGGCCACUGGUUCCCCAAGUCUUUCUUGUGCAUCAAUACUUUGACUGACAGACCUCUUGUCCCCUUUUUCCUCACUACUCCCCUGCUGCCCCCCUUUACCAUCCUCUGUAUCUUUCCGCAACCCCAGGGGGGCAAUACCACCCACUUUGGGCAUCACCGCUCUAAGGGAUAUUAAAAGCAGGGUGCUGUUGACAGAGCUAUAGAGGAAGACUCCAUAGACAUUGAUUAUUCAGGUGCUGGAGCAUAUCAUUUGCAGGAUGAUCUUGGACACUGUGAUUCAGGGUGAAUAUCACACUCAACUGGCUUAACUGUAGUUUUAUGAGACAGGUUGAAAAGCCAGAGUUGGAAGCCAUGGCAGGUGUGUGGUCUGUGAUACUUAUUCUUUGGCAUUGUAUCUGAACAGACAAAUUACAAUUGCAUUAGUUCAAUCUCUGGAGGUUAUUGUGCCAUGAAAGGAAAGGGCUGAGCAGAUUGAAAAUGAAAUCAAAUACAUUGAACAAUGUCAUGCCUUUAGACACUCAGACCAUGGUUUGGAUUUCCAGCCAUAUUUGGUUUGGUGUAUUUUGAACUGAAUGUUUAAGACUAACCUAAUAUGGCUUGUGAUGAAAUAGAGUAAUCUUGUGUUUAACAUGAGUUUUAUGAAAGGAAAGUGAGGUACAAAAUAGGUCAGAUGUUUACAAUCCAACUAUUCGUAGAUAGUUAGGAUAAACAAUAAGUGUUGAUCUUUACUGCAUGGACAAUCUUUUUAUGCUUGACUUCUGCCAGAAAUAUUUUUAAUAUGAUUUUUUAAAUUCUAAACUUACUGUGCCUUAAAGGGAAAAUGAAGGAAUGUGAAAGUAUAAUAUAAUGCAGUUAUAAAGGACACAAUAUAAUUGCACUGUGACCUUUUUAAAAAGGGAAACUUUCUGAAUCUUUCUUGUUGAGCAAAAUACCUGGUAAGUCAAUGUUCACCUGACAAUCACUUUUUUAUCGUCUUUCUAUUCUGAAUAUGGCUUGCUGUAUUUUCAUUUUUUAUGUGAUUCUAAAAUAAAAGAGGCCCUCCUUUGUUGCUGUGGGAGUUCUCCAUA